UUCAUUUCUCGUGCUCUCCCAUUCUUUCUCUGUAUUUCCCUUCUCGUCCCUGUUCUAGGGUUUCAUUGUCUAUUAUGUCUGCAGAAGUCGAAUACAGAUGCUUCGUCGGCGGGCUCGCCUGGGCCACCGACGACCAGUCCCUGGAGCGGGCUUUCUCUUCCUAUGGCGAUAUCGUCGAAUCGAAGAUUAUCAACGACCGUGAGACGGGGAGAUCUAGGGGCUUCGGAUUCGUAACCUUCAGCAACGAGAAGUCCAUGAGGGACGCUAUCGAGGGGAUGAACGGUCAGAACCUCGACGGCCGUAACAUCACAGUCAACGAGGCGCAGUCCCGCGGAAACGGCGGUGGUGGAGGCGGUGGCUACAGCCGCGGAGGUGGAGGUUAUGGUGGUGGUGGUGGUGGACGCCGUGAAGGCGGCGGAGGAUAUAGCCGUGGCGGCGGAGGCUACGGUAGCGGUGGCGGAGGCUAUGGUAGUGGAGGUGGAGGUGGCUAUGGUGGUGCCCGUGAACGUGGGUACGGCGACGGUGGGUCUAAGUACUCGAGGGGAGGUGGUGGUGAUGGUGGUAGCUGGAGGAGCUAAGAAGCUCAGGCUUAGGUGGAUCGGGCUGUGUGUGUUUGUUGUUUUGAGUGGUUCUUUAGAUAGUGAAUCUGGUUUAUGGAUCUGAAUGUGGUUAUGUUAUUGCUUUCAGUUUGGUGCUCUCCUUUUUGACCGAUGGUUCCCGUGUUCUUUACCCAAAAAAGAAAAAAAGAAAUGAAAUCGAAAGAAGUGUAUAUCUUCCUUCA